ACUCGCGUGCUGAAGUUAAGGCGGAGGUCGGGCCCAUGGGCGGGCCCCGCCGCUCCCAAAGGGGACCUAUAUAAGUAGACUCGCUCGGUGUACAAAGCGAUCCUAUAACACAAUCACCUCUGCCUCAUCACCAACCAGACAUGCGUCCUCCCGUGCUGUUUCUCUUGUUUUGUCUCGGCCUUGCGGUCGCCCAGCACAAUCAACCGUAUCAUGUAACUACGCCGGUACCUAUCUUAAAACAGAUAAACAAGCACAACGAGGAUGGUAGCUACAGUUACGGUUUCGAGGCGGCGGACGGCUCGUACAAGAUAGAAUCCAAGUAUCCGAACGGCGAGGUAUACGGCAAGUACGGCUUCGUAGAUGACUCCGGGACUGUACGCGAGGUCGAGUACGGCGCGACCAGGCGCGGCUUCGAGCCGGUCGGUGCUGGGAUAAACGUCCCUCCGCCAACCUUGACCGGUAACAGCAUCGCCGGUAACGCGAACGAGCCCGAAGACGACGGGCAGUACCGCGAGGAUCCGAACAUCUAUCACACCGAUCCGCGCUUCACCAACGGAGAACGUUAUUACGAUUUGUCACCUAAAUACAGACAACCAUCACUCGCCUACAAUCCGCCGCAACAGGUUGCACCGACUGCUAGCGAGCAACCAAGAUAUAAGCCUGUCAGUAGUCUCCAACCAAUAGUGGUAAGCCCGAGGUUCCAGUCGGAAUAUAGGCCGCGAUAUCGAUCGCGAUCAUAUCAAGGUCAACAGCUACGAUCUGAGUACCCUUCGCCCGCGAUUCCGGCCGGUCCCCAACAAGGACUGGUUGCGACCAACAUCGAUAAUGCCGGAUUAGCAUCUUACACGGUUAAUUAUAAAUAAACGAUAAAGAAGAAGGAAAAAAGAGAAAAGGAGUCGAGCAACCGUAUAUAUUGUGCAUGUAUAUAUACUUCAUAAAUAUUCUAAAAUCCAUUGUUUUGAAUGUUUAUUUAAUCAUUGGAUUAUCGCAUGUAAAACUUUUGGCAUUGCCGUCGGAAUAACGCACUGAUUUUGAAGUAAUUUAAUGGUUUAAAUUGUAUCAACAUAUAGGCACUUAUGAUUAGUUUAAAUAUAUUUUAAGUUGUAUUUUUUUUCUCUUGUUUCUCGCUUUUUUUUUUUAAUGAGACAGUAUUUUUUAUCUCUUGUUCACCAACGUUUUCUCUUCCGCUUUAAAAAAUCUUCUUUCACUAUAUUUCAUGAUUGUAUGAUUUACUUAUUCUUAAUCUCAACUUUCACAUAUUUCUCCACUAUCUUCAUUUCGCAUUGAAGUGUAUUAAUAAUUUACCUUUGGCUGGAGGUGACUAAAUCACUCUGUAAAUCAAUGAGCAAGUUGUAAGAGAUAUAUUUUUUAAAUUAAUUAGAUAUAGUUACAAUUAUUACAAGAAAAAUGUAACUGGGUACAAAUAGAUACUCAUAUUUUUAUAAAAAUAA